AAUCGACGUCAGUCAAAUGUGUCAGCCACAUUGAUAAUGGCGGUGGUGAUAUUGUUUUUUGGAUAUUUCGAAAUCUAAUAAUGUGCUUCUUUAACAUUGUUAAAGAGUCAAAAUGGUCAUAGUUUAACUAAUAACUACCUCCAAAAAACAGACCGAAUAGACACAAAGCGUAGUGUCUGAGACAUUAGACUAAAAUGAAAUGUGAGAAAUACCUAUAUAUUUGAGAGUAGUAGCUCGUGUAGUGGGAAGCAGGAGUGUCAGAGGGCGGGCGGCAAAAUGGGCGCGCAGCAGGCCAAAGAACGCGGCACCGCCAGCGGCGCGUCCAUGCGUUCGGCGCGCAGCAAGCCACGGGUGCCGAAGGACCCCCGCAUGCUCGGCUCCAACAUAUUCACUGAACAUAGCGAGGCGCUGCUGCAGAGCCGACCGCUGCCGCACAUCCCAGACCUGCCCGACGAGGCCGCCGCGCCACCCGCUCCGCUGCCGCUCGACUCCGCUAACAGAUGGACCUCGAAGGAGAAUCUUUUGGCCCAUCACGAAGAGGACGAUCCCCAGCUGUUCGUAGCCCUCUACGAUUUCCAGGCGGGAGGGGAGAACCAGCUCACGCUCAAGAAAGGCGAGCAGGUGCGCAUCAUGAGCUACAACAAGAGCGGCGAGUGGUGCGAAGCCCACACGCUGACUGGGGCCGUGGGCUGGGUGCCCAGCAACUACGUCACUCCAGUCAACAGUCUCGAGAAGCAUUCAUGGUACCAUGGGCCGAUUUCCCGCAACGCGGCGGAGUACCUCCUCUCGUCUGGGAUCAAUGGCAGCUUCCUGGUCCGCGAAUCGGAAUCGAGUCCUGGGCAACGCAGCAUAUCCCUCCGCUACGAAGGGAGAGUUUACCACUACCGCAUCAACGAAGACGCCGAUGGGAAGGUUUAUGUGACCUCCGAGUCGAAGUUCGGAACGUUAGCGGAGCUGGUCCACCAUCACUCGGUGGCGGGGGACGGUCUAAUUACGCAGCUGCUGUAUCCAGCACCGAAGCGCUCGAAGCCUACAGUGUUCCCCCUGGCUCCCCCCGACCACUGGGAGAUCGAUCGCACGGACAUAGUGAUGAAGCACAAGCUGGGCGGCGGCCAGUAUGGAGACGUUUACGAAGCCGCUUGGAAGCGCGGCAACAUCACGGUGGCGGUCAAAACACUCAAGGACGAUACGAUGGCGCUCAAGGAUUUCCUGGAGGAAGCCUCCAUAAUGAAAGAGAUGCGACACCCGAACCUGGUGCAGCUGCUCGGCGUGUGCACACGCGAGCCCCCGUUCUAUAUUAUUACGGAGUUUAUGUCCCGCGGAAACCUGCUGGAGUACCUGCGGGCGGGGGCGAGGGAGUGCGUGCCGGGCGCGGUCGUGCUCAUGUACAUGGCGACGCAGAUAGCGUCCGGCAUGAGCUACCUCGAGAGCCGCUCCUUCAUCCACCGCGACCUCGCCGCCAGGAACUGCCUCGUGGGGGAGAACCAUCUGGUCAAGGUGGCCGACUUCGGACUGGCUCGCCUGAUGCGCGACGACACAUACACGGCCCACGCCGGCGCCAAGUUCCCGAUCAAGUGGACGGCGCCGGAGGGUCUGGCCUACAACACUUUCAGCACCAAAUCGGAUGUCUGGGCUUUCGGGAUCCUGCUGUGGGAGAUCGCCACGUACGGGAUGUCUCCUUACCCCGGAGUGGAUCUCGCGGACGUUUACCACAUGCUUGAGAAGGGGUACCGCAUGGAGUGUCCCCCGGGCUGCCCGGCGCCCGUCUACGAGCUCAUGCGCGGCUGCUGGCAGUGGAGCCCCUCCGAGCGGCCCUCCUUCCGCGAGAUACACCACGCGCUCGAGCACAUGUUCCAGGACAACUCGAUCACAGACGAAGUAGAGAAACAACUCCAAGAAGGCAGCGGCGCGCAGGCCGCCGGCACCCCGCUGCUGUCGCUGAAGAAGACGAGCGCCGACCCUCGAGCGGUGCAGAUGCGGCGCCCGACCAACCGCCGCGGCAAGCAAGCCCCCACCCCUCCCAAACGCACUAGCCUGCUGUCCUCGUGCAGCUCCUUCCGCGAGUCGCAGUACGCCGCCGACGAGCACGCGCCCGACGACGCGCCCGCCGACGCGCUCGCCGACCUCAACGGAGGCGGGGGCCGCGGCGGGGCGGGGGCGGGGGCUGCGUCCUCAGAGGGGUCGCUGGCCGAGGCGACGCCCGACACCGACGAGUCCGCCGGCACCGAGCAUCGGCAUCGCCCCAAGCGACGUCAUCACCAUCCCCACCAUCACCACAACGAGCCGCCCGCGAAGCAAGGCGUCCAAGUUGCCGCGCUCGAAGUGCAAAAUGUCAAGCGAGCAAUCAACAGAUAUGGGACGCUACCUAAAGGCGCACGUAUCGGUGCUUUCUUGGAGUCCCUUCGCCAGAGUGGCGGUGGAGCGACGGCCGGAGCACCUGCCCGCGAGAGCUCCGCCCCCUCGUCUGAGGAGGCAAGGUCUCUGUCCCCGCGUACUGCGCGUGCCCAGCCACACAUGAUCCGGUCCAACUCCUCGGGCGGAGUGACGGCACCCUCGCCUGCCUCCCCGCGCGCCUCCCGUGCCACCCCUCAGCUGCGAUCGUUUACCGGCAGCCCUGCUAAGCCUCGUCCGCGCAUAGCGGAGUUGGAAUUCCCGCCUCCACCGCCAGACCUACCGCCUCCCCCUGAAGACACCCAACCUCCACCUCCACCUCCGCCGCCGCCCCCCGCAGACCCCGCCGACUCGAUCCUCGACCCUCCGCCCCCACUACUCGAUAGUCAUUUCGACUUCAAUGAAAAACCCGCUAAACAAACAAUGAAAGAAAUGUUAGAGUUAAAACUCGUCGCAGAGAUAAAGGAAAGAGCCGAUAAAAAGAAGCAAAAGCUAAAAGAAUCGCCUCCGUUCGAGGAACAAAAUGUAGAUUCGCAGCCUUCGUUCGGAGACCCUGUCACCAGAUUAGUCUCUGAACUUUCAGAGAGCUUAAAUAUGGAAGCACUUCGUCGCGUCGAUCGCAAACUUGAUUCGGCAAAGACAGAAGACGGGAAGGAAUCUGUGUCGCCGAUUGACUUAAAGGCGAGCUUAAGAAAAACUGCGUACGGUAAUAAUGCAGAACAGAAAAGAUCAGACGCGGAAUCCAAAGUGGGUACCGAUUUUAAAUCGCAAUUGAAGAAAGUAGAAGCCAACAAGAAGACUUCCGGAACAAACAAAGAACAAGAGGAGGGCGGUCGUCCGAUCAUCGACUUUAAGUCCCGUCUACGUAAGGUGGACAGCGGCGCGAAUGUUACGAACGGAGCCAAGAAGUUCGAACAGACCUCACCAGAUGAGAAAGAAGCUAUCAAAAAAGACAUUUCAAAGACAGAAGAACUCGACAGGUAUCGAUCAGAAAGUGGAUCUUUGGACACGAGCGGCGGAGACGAGGAAGACAAGCGUCGGAGCACCGGCAGCAUCAGUAGCCUAAAGAAACUGUGGGAGAGCAAAGAAACCGAAGAGAGACUCAGUCCCAAGAUGAGAGCGCGAGACAACGAGUCCGACGAGGUCUCCCCUGAGGAACGAUCCUGCGCGGCGAGGGGCGCGGGGCGGCGCGACGACAAGCCCAGCGUACCCAGCAAGCCCGUCGGGGUGCGGAAGCCGAGCAAGGGCGGUAUCUACGCCAGCCCGCAAGUGGGCCCCGAGGAGGCGGAGAGCGGCGCCGCGCUGCGGGAGGUGCGCGGCGCGCUGGAGGCGUGCACGCGGUCCGUGCGGCGCGGCGGGGGGCGCGGCUCGCUGUGGCGGCUGCAGAGCUCGGAGCGGCUGGCGCGGCUCGGCGGGGUGUGCGGGGCGGCGGCCACCGCGUGCUCGCCACACGUGCGCGUGCAGCUGCGGGCCGCCGCCGCGCGACUGGAGGCGCAGGCGCGGGCGCUCGCCUCGCCCGCACCGCACACCCACCACCUCGCCGACGCCGUCGACCACGCGCUGCGGGACCUCGCCGACGUACUCAACCGGUGCUCCUCUUCUUCCUCUCACCCCACCAACAACAUCCCGUAAUGAUCACCCCGGUACUUGUACUUCAAUUAUUAUAAUAUCGAUAAAGUAAGAUAAUAGUCCGCGGACACGAUAGCGUUCAUAGAUUUAACUUGUGCGUGUGUUGUCUAAUCUACGUCUACGUUUAGAUUAUUUCCAUUAGUGUGUAUGAGUCUUGCUAUACGCCGUACCAAACGCCAACAGGGGGCGAACCUGCCACGCUACUCCAGUAAUAAAUUAUAAACCAUAAUUAGGAGGCAGGUGAAGGUGACGCGCUCCGUACAAGUAUACAAGUAUACAAUGAUCGUGCCAAAUAAUACAGCAACUGUAAGAAGCGCGUCCCCGAGCCGGCGCCCACGGCACCACGCAGCGCGUACUGCGGCGUGCUGCCGGGUGCUGUGGAUGUGAGCGAGGGUGUCUCCGGAGCACCCGGCACGGGUCGCUCGCUUCGUAGAGACCUCUGUAUUGUUUUAAUAUCUUAAUGUAUGUAUUUACGUGAUCGGAAUGAGUUCUGUGUGUGACAUUUAAGUUAGAGUACUGUGAUACAUGCGGCUUAGUUUAUAAUCUGCUCAAUAUUUCCUUUUCCAAUGUGUGUAUCGAUCAAAAUUAUACGAUAAUUGUAUGUAUAGUCCUGGCCAGCACUGACGGCCUCAAUGUGUUGCAUUUAUCUGUAACCCGUAUCGUAGUAGUGUUAAGUGACUCGCUGCGUCUCAACGUGACGUUACACUCUCACGUGUACCACGAUUACAUAUUACUUAGGCUAUUGUAAGUACAUACGAGUGUAAGGAUUUGAAUAGUAGGGGAGACGCGCGGCCCGGGCGCCGGGAUGAACGACCGCGCCGUCCUGACGCCGCGUCCUUGUUUUUCAUCUUAAUUAAUUAUAAUUUAUAAUGUAAGCAUGACCGCCAAUUACAAUUGGCUCGAAAACACCUGACGGCGAUGUGUCAUAUGAACAGUAUUUAUUUUUAAUGUAUAACACUUUAUUGUAACUUUGUCGUUCUAUGGUAGAGCAUACUGGUAAUGUAUGUGUUACAAUUGUUGACGCUGACCGAGCGGUGAGCGCCCAGGGCAGGCGAGCGUCGUGACGUCAUCGACUGGAGACGGCUCUUCUCUUCCACUUCACUUAAACAGUAGAAUCCAAAGAUAAAUACGGAUAUCCAUUUCAAUGGAAUAAAUUAUAUUAAUGGACAA